GAGCUUGUCUCUGUCCCGAAGCUUAGGCAAGUGGUAUGCCAACAUUGGCCCUUCGAGAGCCCUCCAGUGUGCUUCGGCUACGUUCCUGAGCUUCGCGGUGUAAUGCUCUAUUCUAAAGCCAAGGCAGGGCAAGAGCCAUUUGCGUUGAGCGACUGCCUGCCAAGGAGUGCCAGGAAUCUGUCAACACUGACUCUGUGUUUUGGGGACCAAAUGAUUUGGAUUCAGCCAGAACAUCCGAAGCAGCUCACUCCUAUAUUCAGAAACCUGACCACUGUGUUUCUUUUCGGUAUCUUCAGUGAGUGUGAUCUGAGCUGGACAUUGUUUAUCCUUGAAGCUGCACCUGCCCUACAGGAUUUUGCAUUAUCUCGACAUUCAUGUAUCAAGACGCCCGAGUACAGUGCCGAGAAGACCAACGUGGUGUGGGAGCCAUCCAAGGAUUUUAAGCACCUGAACUUAAAGGGGCUGCAUAUCUUCGGGUGCGAGGAUGAAGACAAGGUGAGAAACUAUGUAAGGCUUGUCAUGGAACGAGCUGUGGGGCUGUUGUUAAUCGAGCUGUAUGGUGAAAACCCAUGCAUUUACUGUGAUGCCACCAACCUUGAAAGAUCCAAGGCGGAAAAAUCUAGCAGGCAUCGGAUUAAGGAGCAACUCACAUAUGGAUCAUCUUCAUCCGUGGAGAUAAUUAUCUGUUGA